AACGAGGUUGCCGUUUGCAGCAAAUCUAUUUACUACAUACAAAAAUGUCGGAGGAGCUUACCAUAGGGUUUCGCUUCUACCCCACGGAAGACGAACUGAUUGCGUUCUACCUACGAAACCAGCUCGAAGGAAGGAGUGAUGACUCAAUGUACCGUGUCAUACCAGUUCUAGACGUAUUUGAGGUCGAGCCUAGUCAUCUUCCAAAUGUUGCGGGAGAGAGAUGUCGAGGAGAUGCUGAGCAAUGGUUCUUCUUUGCGCCAAGACAAGAACGCGAAGCAAGAGGAGGCAGACCAAGUAGAACCACUGGUUCAGGGUACUGGAAAGCGACUGGAUCACCUGGUCCUGUCAUUUCCAAAGAUAACCGAAUGAUUGGACUCAAGAAAACUAUGGUUUUCUACACUGGAAAAGCACCAACGGGGAGAAAAACAAAAUGGAAGAUGAAUGAGUACAAAGCCGUUGACGAAACAGUCAGCGUUUCAACAAUCCCUAAGUUGAGGCAUGAAUUCAGCUUAUGUCGGGUCUACAUAACAUCAGGAAGCUCAAGAGCUUUUGAUAGACGUCCUGUGGGAAAUUUUGAGACAGAGAGAAUGCUUACAAGUGAUGUUGGAGUUGCUGAGACAUCAUUUCGUGUGGGAAGCUCGCCAGAAACUUCGAUGUCAGGAGGAGAACAUGUUGAUCUCUCUGUGAACACAGAGAUGGUUGAUGGUUUAACUGAACCAAUCUGGGAAUGGGAACAGCUGAACUGGUCUUGA